GAUUUCCACCACACCGCAACACACUUGUUCAUUCUCCAAUUGUGAUGAUCCAAAUCCAAUGGAGUCUAAUUUGCUAAACCGUUGUUUUCACAAGGAAAGCUGUAAGCUCAAGGAUUUGGAGCUUGACAUGAUGGUGCAAUGACACAGAGAGAGUGUUGCUGCUGUGUUACACAUGGACGAAAAUGUGUAACACAUCGACGAAGACAGAAGGGACUAAGACGUGAAGAUGUGGAGAGUUCUCAUUGGCUGAUCUUGUUUGGACGUGAAUAACAAACUAAAAGAUCCUCAGAUCACAAAUUGGAAGAUUUGGUGAUGCUGGUUUUUAGGAAAAGAUAUAUUGCACAAUUGGAAAUAAUUGGUGGCAAUAAAAAGAGAAGUUUAGACCUAAGUUUAGGUUAAGCUUUUAACGUUGUAUUCUCACAGAAACACAGACAGGGGUUUGGGGUUUCAGAAGGUGAGCGAUUUGUAGAGGUGAUCAACAGGGGUUGGUUCACUCAAAGGGUAGAUUAAGAAUUGGUCCGUGUCAAGCCGUGUGUGGCGUUGAGUAAUUCGGAUUAGACAAGUCUUUGUAAAAGAUUGUUUAAGUGAUUCUUAAUAAAGAGAUAGUUGAUCUCGAAUCCCCUGUGUUCUUAUUGGUUUCACCUGCUGUAGACUUUUCAUUUGGUAUCAGAGCGGGUCACCUCGUUGGAUUGCGUAUUCACAUACAGGUUGAGGUCCUGCGGAAGAAGUCUUUGAAACCAUGAAAGAAUUCAUCACCCUACCGAGUCCAUACAUGCUGGAUGAAGGGAGUUUUGGCCAUUGGAAGGCUCAGAUGAGACAUAUCAUUCGAGGAAUAGAUGAAGACGCCUGGACUGCUGUUGAACUAGGCUGGUCGCCACCUACCAUGCUCAUGGAAGAUCACACAUAUGGUCCCAAACCGAAGGAAAGAUGGACAGAAUCUGAAAAAGUUGCAUCAAAGUUCAACUCCAAAGCACUCACUGUAAUAUUCUCAGCUGUUGAUUUGGACCAAUUCAAAAUUAUUCAAGGAUGUGAAUCAGCAAAGGAGGCUUGGGAUGUUCUGAUCAAUCACUUUGAAGGUGACACAAGUGUAAGAAGAACAAGGAUUGAUCAUCUAGCUACAAGGUUUGAGAACCUGCGAAUGGAAGAUGAAUCUAUUGCUAGUUUUGUGUCUAAGAUAAGCUCAAUUGCUAGUGCAGCCUCUGUUCUGGGAAAUAAAUACAAAGAGAGUGAGCUCGUCAAGAAGUUGUUGAGAUGUUUACCUCCUCGAUUUGAAGCCUACAAAGCUGUGUUAAAAAUUGCGAUGAACACUGAUGACAUGAAGUUUGAUCAACUUGCUGGUAUACUCAAGGUACAAGAUCUAGAGAAAAACCAUGAGUUAUCAAAAACUCAGAAAGGAUAUGGGAUUGUUUUCGCAGCAGAAUCAGAGGAAGAAGAUAGAGUUCAACGCCUAGAAGACAAUCUAACUCUUAUGGUUCAGAAAUUCAACAAAAUGGUCAAACAUGUUGGGAAAGGUGAGAAAGGAUCAGGUAUUCAGUCCUCCAUGAACGACUCACAGCACUUCAGCAAUCAAGGUUCUAGGUCUGAACCAUCUAAGGGAAAGAAGGAGAAUAAUUUACAGUGUCGUGAGUGUGAAGGCUUUGGCCAUCUUCGCAAGGAAUGCCCUGUAGCAAAGAUAAAAGAGCUUAGGUGUAUUGAAUGCAAGGGUAUCGGACAUACUGCAAGCGAGUGUCCAAGCAAUCUGAAGAAAGACAGAUCUCUUUUAUGCUUUAGUGACACUGAAUCAGAAAGUGAGAGUGAUGAAGAUGGUGUGUUGAACAACUUUGUUGCUCUUACUGGUCAGAAUACAAUGAGUGAUCAUCAUUCUAGCUCAGACUCAGAUUCAGAGAGAGAGGGAGAAGAUAUGACUGCUGAUCUCAAGUCUGAGUAUAGAGCAUUGUUCAAACAAUUCGCAGAACUCAGCCAUGAAAAUCUGCAACUCAUCAAAGAUACAGCUAUGUUGAAGGCGCAAGUCAAUAUCCUGGAGUUAGAACAACCUAAUACAAAAGCUGAGACUGAGCCAAAAACAAGAGAGAGUGGUGAGAAAGCCGGGCUUCAGUCCCUUACAAAAGCUAUCGCAGAGCAGAACCGAGUUUUACAAGAGUCUGAAACAAAGUUUCAUCAGAUGAAACAACUGCUGAAUCAAGAACUUGAGAAAAAUCAGUUUCUGGAAAGGCAACUCACUGAGAAUCAUAAGAAAGUGAGGAUGUUGAACACUGGUUCAGCAACUCUGGAUCAUAUUUUAUCAAUUGGACAGUCUCCAAAAAUCAGUUCAGGCUUGGGCUAUCAAGGGUUGUCUUCACAAGAGUAUAGUGAAGCUGAAGGGAUAAAGUUCAUAAAAGCUGAAGAUAAAUCAGAACCAGUGACAAAGAUGGAAGAGAAGCAAAACACAACUUGUGGGAAUGAAUUCUUGUUCAGUGCAAAGCGAUAUUAUCAUGGGAGUAGCUCUCAGACGGUUGAGAAGAAUAAAGAAACCAAGUUUGUGAAGCGCUCAAUCCCAGUGGUCUCAGCUGACAACAAAGAUGAAACUCAAGCAAACACUGUGACACAAAAGAUACAAGACAGUAAAGUUGGUGUUAAGCGAAAGAACGGCUGUCACUUUUGUGGCAAGAUCGGACACAGAGUUGCUUAUUGUUACGCUCGUAGAAAUCAGUUUGAAAGAGCAUGGAGGCUGAAUUUGUGCUUCAUAGAACCCAAGAAGUGUGGAUAUGCGUGGAUUGCUAAACGAGAUCUCUAUCCUAAAUUCAGUAGACAGACGGGUCAUGAGUUACACCUUCGAACUGAUGUAUCACACGAGCGUGCUGCAGAACAAGAGGAAGAAGUUCUAUGUAACUUGGCACGCAUUCAAGUCAAAGAACCAGAGAUCAAAAUUUCGGCUAGUCCGAAGCUACAUCAUAAACGUGGUUUUUCACACCUGGGUAGAGAGAAACAUGAUGCGGUUUGUGAAUGCAAAUUAUGUCAAUCUCACAUUGAAAAGAAAGUCAAGAUGGAAAAGGAAAGGGAAACUUCAGGUCGUGGUGAUCAAGGAGACACAUAUUAUGUAGCAUGUAACAAUGAGGAAACUGUUACAAAAGUGACUGGACACGUGGAUCAGAUGGGGUCAGUUCAACAUAAAGCCAUUGGUUCUAAAACAGAGAGUCUGUCUCAGAAAGAUGUUACACACAGGGAAAAAUGUGUGACACCCCCGAGUAUAGGUGAGAGUUCGAAUUACCUCACUACCAUACGAUCACAGCACAGUCUUAUCACUGACAUAUGCACCCUAUGGCAAGCUGCUUCAGAAGCAUCACACCCACUGGUUGUCCGAAAAAUCAAUAACCACGUAAAGGGUAUCCUUGAACUCAAAUUACAUAAUUCCCUUGACACUAACAUGAUGAUGACAGGAGUUUGUGAUGCCAAUUGGAUGUUUUUCUUGGACAACGACAACCUGAAGGUGUGCUACAAGGUGUCACCGUGUCUUGCUGAAACGGAAAACAUAGUCUUGAGAACGUUGAGGAUCCAUAUGUUGGUAAAGAGAUCGACACAUGCUGAGUAUGGUAAUACUUUUGACUCUUUUUAUGUUCACUGCAAUAACUUGAAUGUCAUCUGCAUACCCAUGAAUCUUGUUCAACUAUCAUUGACUGAGCAAGUAGUUAUUAGACAUCAUCUUGUUAGAGAAUUAGAAGAGGAAAAACUUGUUAUCAUUGAACAUGUUGCAUCUGAGAACAAAGCUGUUGAUAUAGUUAAACUACCUUACUUCAAUUGCUUUUUGUGUAUGCGAAAAGCUCUUGGAAUCUCUGAUCUCUAACUUGUUUUGUCUUUGAGAGAAGGUCAUGUGUCUAGCUGAUAUCGCAUAUGGAGUCACACCAACUAAAACCUCUUGUCAGCAAGUUUUGUUCAUGUGAAUAACAGAAGCUACAAUGACUGGGUCUGAUCAUAGCAGUUCACUAAAGAAAGGCACUCAUCUCGGAACAGGAUGCAACACAUUUUGAUUUUGGUGAUGAUCACUGUCUGGAUUGAACACAGUAGCACGGGAGAGGAUGAGUGUAACACAUGCAGGGAGAAUGUUUAAAAAUGUGUCCUGCAAAUAACAGGAAGUUUUGCACACUGUGAAAAGAAAGACAAUAAGGCCUGACAUGAAGGACACUCAUCUUGGAUCAGGGUGUUGCAACACUUUGUAUCUGGUGAUGAUCACUGUUUUGAUUGGGCAGAAUCAAAUUUCUCAAAGCACUCAUCUUGGAUCAGGGUGCUACAACACUUUGUAUCUGGUGAUGCUCUUUGUUUUGAUAAGUAUGUGGUUCUGGUGAAGUUUUGAAAUGGAUGAAAGAACAUUAACAGAACACUACCGCAGAGGAAGAGGUAGAAACACAAGAUGACCAUCGUGUCUUCUGAAAACGGUGUGAUCAUGAUCCCAGUCAAAGUGGAAUCUGUUAGUUGCUGGACAAAGGAACUUGUGACAGCUACUCGGCUGAGAAAUAGCUACAGGUUUAGGCUGACAAGUUGAUUUCAUUAAUCGCCUUUUGUGAUGAAAUAUGUGAUGAGGUUGAUGCUGAUCUAUCUUACUGACUCAGGAAAGUUAUCUAAACUCAAUUCUGUAAAUCCAUUUAAAUUUAAUUAUCUCAGAUGUACAUGCUAGGUGAUUUAUCAUGGGGUCCUUAUCUUUUCCUUGCAAAUGUGUCGAACUCAGCUUGCUUUGUCUCUUACUCUUCAGUGUUUAAGUGAAGUUGAAUCUCUGGGUUGAUAAAGUGAACAAGUUUGGUCUUGAUUGUCCUUACAGUCUUGGUUGUCUUUACUAACAAGAUCUUUUGAGUGAGUCUUAUAAGGUACAUCCUUAUUCCUCUGAAGGAUAGUCAACAGAUAGGUGUCAUUCCUCUCUAUGAUCUUGCGACGUCAGGAUGCUUGAGUUGACAUAUUCAGAUAAAAAGGGGGAGAGUGUAAGCUCAAGGAUUUGGAGCUUGACAUGAUGGUGCAAUGACACAGAGAGAGUGUUGCUGCUGUGUUACACAUGGACGAGAAUGUGUAACACAUCGACGAAGACAGAAGGGACUAAGACGUGAAGAUGUGGAGAGUUCUCAUUGGCUGAUCUUGUUUGGACGUGAAUAACAAACUAAAAGAUCCUCAGAUCACAAAUUGGAAGAUUUGGUGAUGCUGGUUUUUAGGAAAAGAUAUAUUGCACAAUUGGAAAUAAUUGGUGGCAAUAAAAAGAGAAGUUUAGACCUAAGUUUAGGUUAAGCUUUUAACGUUGUAUUCUCACAGAAACACAGACAGGGGUUUGGGGUUUCAGAAGGUGAGCGAUUUGUAGAGGUGAUCAACAGGGGUUGGUUCACUCAAAGGGUAGAUUAAGAAUUGGUCCGUGUCAAGCCGUGUGUGGCGUUGAGUAAUUCGGAUUAGACAAGUCUUUGUAAAAGAUUGUUUAAGUGAUUCUUAAUAAAGAGAUAGUUGAUCUCGAA